UGAUAGAUUUCGUAAGGAAUAGGCUUAUAAGACUUGUUUCGGUCGUGUAUUUUAAACGAGAGAGUGGUUCAAUACACUCACUCUAACAACAUACAAAAAGAAACUUAUCACAAUCCACGUAACCUGCUGAAAGAGUCACUAAACGAAUGGAAAGUGAAUCCUUUGAUAAAUGGAUUCCAAAGAAUCGAGUCACUGGAAUGAAUCAAAAUUGCCACCUCCUCUAGUAUGUUUUAAACAUCUUUGUCGCUCUCAAGUGACAUUUAGAUUCCAGCCCCCAACUUGAACACAGUAUUUUUAUGCGGUUUCCUGCUUGCAUACCUAGUCCUACAGCCAGUGUAAACACAGGAGCUGUAUGUGCACUCUAGUGUUGGACCGCAGCGGUUAUACGUUUCAGCAAUGGAGAGUACAAAAGAACUGGCGGUUGUCACAGGACAGCGUUCACCGGUUACACCGAGAAGCGACCACAUCUCCAUCCUCGAGGGACACAAGCUGUACGUCUGGGGAGGGUGCCAGUGUGUGGAUGGACAAGAAACCCUUCUUCCCAGUGAUGAGAUCUGGCUUUAUGAUAUGGAGACUGGAGUUUGGUCUCAGAGGCAUAUGGGCGGAGAGGUUCCUCCUGUUCUUUCGCAGACGUGUGGUGCAUAUCUUCAGGGCAUACUUUACAUUUUUGGAGGAUGUGAUAACAAUGACUACACCAACCUGAUGUAUUUUGUUGACCUGUUGGAUGAGGAAUACAGCUGGCGAAAAGUGACAGGCACGGUAGGAACUAUACCCUCUCCUAGGGUCAGACAUUCCUGCUGGGUCUACAGAAACAGGCUCAUCUACUUCGGUGGAUACGGGCCACUUCGGGUGGAUACAGCCCGAGAGGUCAACAACUCCAAGAGCUUUAUGGUUGAUGAGGCUUCCUGGGCAACAAUUGGAUCAGAAUAUUUUCAGUUUUGGGGUUGGAAUAAUGAGAUACAAAUGUUUGAACCUGAGUCAGCCACAUGGACUGAACCACAAACCCAGGGCCAGCCUCCAGAACCACGAGCCUCACAUGCCAGUGCUACUUUAGGUCAUAAGGGCUAUAUCUGUGGAGGUCUGGAAACACAGAUGAUAGAUAUCCAUUGUUUAGAUUUGGUGACAUGGACAUGGACACAAGUUGAAAAUGAGGCUGCUUCUCUCCCACGGGGCCGCACUCUUCACACGCUGACUGCCAUCUCAGAUGACACACUCUUCCUUUUUGGAGGCCUCAGUAAUUCUGGGGAAGUUCUCUGUGAUGGGUGGAAAUUUGACACUAUAACAGGAGAAUGGAAAGAGAAAGAUCAUGCACAUAAAGAUAAGCCCAGGUUAUGGCAUUCUGCUGAUAAGGGGAGAGACGAUGAUGUAGUUGUUUUUGGAGGAAGCCAGACCUUCCUCUUUCUAAUGGAUUCGGUUGCAGUUCUCAAGUCUCCCUCUCAGAGUCAUUGUGCAGAUGUGCUGGUAUUUCAGACUCAACCGUACUCACUGUCAAGAUUAUGUGAAGACUGCAUAGGAAAACACACAUAUUCUGUCCAAGAGCUGGCGUUACCGGCCAAACUUCAGAAGACAAUUGGCAAGAGGAUAUCCUAUUUCAGGGCAAAUGCUCAACAUAUAGAUGCAAGUUCAUAGGUUCAUAAGGACGGUAUUGGUUUGUUUCAAUGAAUGGUUUUAAUUAAUGGAAUAUUUCUGUCCAAGCAUUCCACACAUCAGAAAAAGUUAAAUGUAAUUAGAGUAAUUACGAGCUAAAAAUACUUUGACAUGACAAGUAAAAAAACAGCAUUUUUUACUGUACAUAAUUUGUGUUAUAGAAAUCAUGUGGAAGUGUUUUAUGUGGAUUUAAGCAUAUAUGCAGGGUAGAAAAUCAUUCAUAACAUUUUUACAUUAUUUUCGUAUGAAUUUUAGUGAUGGCCCUUAAAACAAGUAGACUAGGACUCUUCAACUUUUUGAAGUGUUCAGUUUGCUAAUAGCAUGUGCCUUGAGCCUCAUAUGCGUGCAUGAAUCGGAUGAUAUUCUUUAUUUCUGUUGCUUAGUUGCUGUUUUUUUAUUAACAUGGUUGAGGGCAGAAUGUUUUCCCGGUGAAGUGGUGAAUAAAAUACCAACCUCCUC